AUGCGACUCAUCAAUACGAAAACCCUACAGUUUCAGGAGUUCAGUGGCGGGGAGAUUCCAUACUAUGGCAGGGAGAUCCCAUACUAUGCCAUACUGUCCCACACAUGGGGAGAAGAAGAGGUAUCCUUCCACGACAUGACGAACUCAACAGGGCAGGGCAAAUCGGGGUUUACCAAGAUAAAGUAUACGUGUGAUCAAGCUGUCAAGGACCGCAUCGAUUGGGCGUGGGUCGACACCUGUUGCAUCGACAAAUCAAACAGUGCUGAACUAUCCGAGGCCAUCAACUCGAUGUUUCAAUGGUACAAAGAUGCAGCUGUUUGCUAUGCAUACCUCGUUGACGUGAACCAGCUGGAGCCAACCCAAACGUGGGAGCUAUUCGACAAAAGCAGGUGGUUUCAAAGGGGGUGGACGCUGCAGGAGCUUUUGGCACCACAGCAUCUCGUCUUCUACGACCAGAACUGGACUACGCUUGGCGAUAAACUUGGACUUGCUGAGAGGAUAUCAACGAUAACAGGUAUCGACAAGAUGAUCCUCGAAAGUCAUAAUCUGGACUCUGCGAAUGUGGGUGAGAAGAUGAGCUGGGCAUCCCUUCGAUCCACCACUCGACGCGAAGAUGAGGCAUAUUGCCUUUUUGGAAUAUUCGGCGUGAAUAUGCCGUUGAUAUACGGAGAAGGCGAGAAGGCCUUUGCUCGCCUUCAAGAAGCCAUCAUGGCGGCGACUGACGAUCCAACACUCUUCGGCUUUGGGAUGAGGGGAGAACGCAUGUCUGCGUUACCGCUUAAAGUCUGGUUAGCCGAUAAUGACAGACUCCAUGGUUUUCUGGCCAAUAGGACGCAAUGGUUCCACCACGCACACACUCUGGAGCUAAUCCCAGGAUGGCCGAAGUUUGGCUCUGCCGCCCCCAGCCUGUCAAGUAGGGGGGUCCGCAUCGAAGUGCUCCUUCUCCAGCUCAAGUCCUCUGAUUACAUAAUAGAUGACGACGAUGGGCAAGGACCGGCAGAGCCUAUGGCGGUAGCAGUGCUAGGGGUUCGACAUAAGUCAUGGCACGGCAAUGUUGCUUUGGGCAUAGUAAUUCACCGCUGGGGAGAGAAUCUCUACGGCAGGCCAACAACUUUGAGCGCCAUUCGAGUGCCAUUCAAGACGGACUAUAGCGACUUGUGGCCUCAUCUAACCAUAAUUUACAUCAAGCCCAGGGCUGUAUCCCUUUUACAUCAUGAAGCAGGAUUAACGCUCGAGACCAGUCUUGUUGAAGCGUUUCCUGAUGGGUCCCAACUAAACACAGUCAUCACCGUUCCUCCGGCUAUAUAUGACCCGGCAAGCAGCACGGUGAAUUGGGGACAACACAUGGACGGCAUUAACCUGGGGCUUGUCUACUCCUACCCCAAAGGACACCGCUUCGCUCUAUUGUUCACCGCCGAGCGCAAUGCUAGAAUGGAACACGUUGACCUCGGCCGAGCCACGGGACCCGAACAAGUCGAACGACCUCCAUCGCCGACUACACCCCAGUCCUUGCAGAUACUGCAAAUGCCCGAAUUCAAACUGAGAAACUACUUGCUCGAUCUGGCCCCAGGAUAUAAGCUUGACCACCCUCGCUUUAUGGGUGAUCAGCGACGCCGAAGACACGGCGCUGCCGCGCAGGCCGACGGGGACGACGACGACGACGCGAUCCAGGAGAUGGCAUCUACAUCACGCGUCAUGGCCAAUGGUGUGCCGGUCGACCGGCAAGGCGUGGGCCAAUACGGGUCCGAAUGCGACGUGACAUGGCAGGCGCGCGCGGACCGCAGGGAUACCGAUGACAAUCACCAGUUCGCGAUCACGACGGGGGUUGCGAUCGGGCUGGCGGCGGCGCGUCGUGGUCAAUCAGACGGAGGUGCUUCUGCCACGACGAGGCGGGGGACGGACGCCUCGAGUCCAAAGGAUGAAAACGGCGUCACAGGCAUUGAGGGAGCUUAG